UCUAGUUUGUUUAGAGCUGUGUAGUUAAUCUGAUAUAGAAGAAUUGACAAUGUCUGUCUUGACUGCAUCUGUGGAGUUCGUCUCUCGUAUUGUGGAGAUGGAGGCUGAACUAGCAAAACCUGUGAUUUUGGGUGUAUGUGGUCCACAGGGAUCGGGGAAAACUUAUCUUUCAGAACAUCUAGAUGAAGAAAUACGUACAAGAUUCCCAAAGCUCAAUUGUGUUAAGUUCUCUAUGGAUGAUUUGUAUUUGACCCAUGAUGAGCAGGCAAAGCUAACAGAAGAAAGUGAGAUGACCAAUAACUUAUUAUUGCAAGGAAGAGGAUUACCAGGAACACAUGAUGUUAAUCUUGGGAUUGAAAUAUUAAAUAAAUUGAAAUAUUGGGACGGAACCCCAGUGGAUAUCCCUAUAUAUGAUAAAUCUGCAUUUUCUGGAGAGGGGGAUAGAACCUCAUCGUUUCAAGUAAGCACUAGACCAGACAUUAUAAUAUUUGAAGGGUGGUUCAAUGGAUUCCAACCAUUGGAUGAAGAUCAAGCCCGGGUCAGAUAUUUGACUUCUAAAGCUACCCAGUCAUGCCUUCAAAAGCACAAGCUUUAUGAUGUAUUAGAUGUGAAUGAAACAUUACAAAGUUAUAAAAAAAUUUGGGAUAUGUUUGAUUACUUUAUAUAUCUUGAUAGUGACUACAAGAAUGUUUAUAAAUGGAGACUUGAGCAAGAACAUGAUUUGAUCGCCAAGAGUGGCAGCGGUAUGACCGAUGAACAAGUUGUCAAGUUCAUUGAUAGAUAUAUCCCUGUGUACGAGCUUUACUAUGAUGAUAUGUGUGAAAAGGGUUGCGUCACCGAGGGACAAAACCUUCGUUUGGUGAUUGGAGAAAAUAGAGAGCUUUUAGUUGUACAAAUUGUUUGAUUAUUCUCUAAAAAUACAAUUAAUGCUAUAAAUGCUGAAUAUAUACAUGUAUAUAUAUGAAAUGUGAGUUUUGAA